CCAGAGCACAGAAGGGUUGCCCUCGGUCCAUCGCUGCCGACUUCUUCUGCCAUCAAGUGCACGUCUUUGGAGAAAGCUCCCAGUCAAGAUGGAGGAAGAGCCAGGAGGAGAGGAGGAAAAGCAGUUAGCUGUAACGUGUUGGUGCUCAGACCAGGGCUUGCGUUGGUCCUUCCUGCUGUAUCGGGGUGCUGCUGGGUCUCUACUGGGGCACGGUCUUGGUUCCGGAAUGCCAACCCACCGGCUGGUCAUCGUGCGGCACGGCGAGAGCACCUGGAACCAGGAGAACCGCUUCUGCGGCUGGUUCGAUGCCGAGCUGAGUGAGAAGGGGAAAGAGGAAGCGCAGCGUGGGGCCCAGGCUGUCAAGGACGCCGGCUACGAGUUUGACAUCUGCUACACUUCGGUGCUGAAGAGGGCUAUCCGCACGCUCUGGUUCAUUCUGGAUGGCAUCGACCAGAUGUGGCUGCCCGUGGUGCGGACCUGGCGCCUGAACGAGCGUCACUACGGGGGCCUGACCGGCCUCAACAAGGCUGAGACAGCAGCCAAGCAUGGGGAGGAGCAGGUCAAGAUCUGGAGGCGCUCCUUUGACAUCCCACCACCCCCCAUGGACGAGCAGCACCCUUACUACAAGGUCAUCAGCAAGGAACGCCGCUAUGCUUGUUUGAAGCCAGGGGACCUCCCCUCCUGCGAGAGCCUCAAGGACACCAUUGCCCGUGCUCUGCCCUUCUGGAAUGACGAGAUCGCACCCCAAAUCAAGGCUGGCAAAAGGGUCCUCAUUGCUGCCCAUGGCAACAGCCUCCGAGGGAUUGUCAAGCAUCUGGAAGGGAUGUCCGACGCGGCCAUCAUGGAGCUCAACCUCCCAACUGGGAUUCCCAUUGUGUAUGAAUUGGAUGACAACCUGAAGCCUACGAAGCCCAUGCAGUUCCUGGGUGACGAAGAGACCGUGCGGAAAGCCAUGGAGGCUGUGGCAGCCCAGGGCAAGGUCCAAAAGUGAAGUGGAAGAGGCACUGGUGAAAUAAACAUCUGAAAACCCCA